CAUAAAGCACUAUUGCGUUGAUACCACCAUAUCUAGUCUAGAUCUAGAUCUAGAUCUAGAUACAGCUUUCUUAGUUACUACUAGAUCUAGAUCUAAAUAGAUCUGCUAGUUCAGAUUUUCUGAAGAAUCAAAAUGCAUAAUUAAAAAAGACUAGAUCUAUAUUUUAAGAGGGCUGUCAAUGUUUAAUAUAUUCUACAAUGUCAACAUCAAACCUCUAGAGCCAGCUUACUUUGUGAGCAGUAGUUCUACACUUACACUUUGCUCUGACUACUUCUAGAAACUGUAGCUUUCUAUGCACAACUGAUAUUUGAUAUAACAAGAUAUUUAGCUUCAUAGAAGUUAAACUUGAUCUGAACAUGUGGCCCUUCAGAGUAAUUCCCAUGCGUAGUGCUAUCUGCUUACAAAAACUGAAACAGAAUACAUCUUCAGCCUAUUUCACAACCUUCAUUGGAAAGUGCAGAAUUAGUAGAUCUAUGCAACAUUCAAGUGACAGCCACAAGCUGCUCGUUCAGAACAAGCUUCUAAAUUAUCAUUAUAUUUCAUUGACUCAGCCACACUGCUGUAUGUACACAUCACCUGUCCAUUUUAACACAACAGAAACUGCUGAUAACAGCAGAGACGGCAGCAUGAACGUUCAGACGCUUCUUGAGACGUGGUUCUACGAAGUGUGCCCACGUGGUAGUCUAAGUGCAACUAUGCCAUUUAAGACUUAUAUCAAGUCUUUGAAGCAGCCUGGGCUGAAUAAAGUUAUAAUUCAGCUUCAUUACGACAUAGACUCUAAUUCUGAUCACAAAGUUCCAGAAAGUAUUCAGCUAAGUCAGAUUAGCAACAUGUAUGAACUAAAUGUUAGCUUUGAUGAAGAUAAAGCUAAUAUGAAUGUUUCCUGUGAAGUUACCAGCGGAGUUGUGCUUCCAGUUGUUUGUAUUAUUCAAGUUCCUUUGCAGUUUGAUCUGAACUUGAAACUGCUUGAGGAAAAAGAUGUACACGUGGAAGGAAUGGAAAGUAACAAGAUAGUUGUUGAAGCAGAAAAGGGAAAUUGUUGUUUCAAUAAUGUCAAGUGUAUGUCUCUCAGUGCAAUGAGUAGAUCAGGAAACAUAACUUGUGGUUCAACACUACAUGGUAACUCUUAUUUUCAGACUAGGAAAUCUGGGAGUAUUAGUACAGAAAAAUUGCAAGGCUCAAAUAUUAUUUGUGAGACAGAAAUGGGAUCAGUGAGUGUCAAAUCUCUCUAUGCAGAUAAUGCCACUUUUAGAUCUGAUGCUGGCAGCAUUAAUCUUGGCCAUUGUCAUGGACAACUUUAUCUCUUGGCAGGACAAUCUGAUGUCAACAUAGGUAGUUUAGAUGGUGAUUUAGACAUUGGUCUUCAAUCUGGAAAUGUUUCUGUACACUUAAGUAGGCACCAAAAGGCAAACAUUGAAGUAGGCACAGGUGAUAUUUCUGUCAGUUUUCCUGAUACUGCUAGCACUGAUCUUAACUUGGAUUGCAAUGCAGUAACAGUUGAUAACAGGAUAGAUGUCCAUUUCACAGACUCUGAACUACCACAUCACAAAGAAGGUUACAUUGGCAUCAAAGGAAUGUCUCUAGUGAAUGUCAGGACUUUAUCUGGAACUGUAAACUUGCAGAGCAGAGACUGGAUUGAGACAACAAAUCUCUUCAUGCACAAAUUUAAAGAUCUCUAAAACAAAAACUAUGAACAAACUGAUGAAAAGCAGUCUUGUCUAAGGAAGAGAUAUUGUACAUCUUGACCAUACCUACAUAGAGGUGUUUUGAUUUGUUAACCUACAAAAUUUCAGCAUUCAAGUUACUAAUAAAGCAUGACCCUCAAUAACAUGGCAAUGCAGUACACUUCAUUGAUGAAUUUUGUACAUACAAUUUCACUUAGUUCAUCAUGCAGAGAGGCAUGUAACAUUGUUUACUUUAUCAUAUUGACACUUUACCUUUUUUUUUUUUUAAACAAUCAUGUUUUUUUACUAAUACAUUUUUUCAUGUAAAGAUGAGAGAAAACUUGUGUAUCCUAGUUGCAUUUAUGUUCAACUUUUUUUUUUCCUGCAGUGUUCAUGUUAACAUUUCCUGUACAACCUUAAACAAUGAAGGUUAAGGCUGCAGUGUUGAACUUAUCCUAGGCUACAUGUUUACUGUUUGUUAUCCUCUGCGCUGAAUGUACAAUAUUAAAAGUAUUAUAUCAAAUUUAA